AUGUUAGAUUUUGUGCCAGCAGCGCUGGAUGACUCUCUGCCAGAAGUGGAAGAUCCUUUACAAGAAAUAAACUUAUGGACAGAAGAUGAUCCAAGAUCUGCUUUUAUUAGCGCACUAUUGAAAGAACCACUUAAGGCUGAGCUCAUUGCACUUUUGCAGGAGUUCAGAGAUUGUUUUGCUUGGCAUUAUCAUGAAAUGCCAGGACUAGACAGGAAAUUAGUAGAGCACAAGCUGCCAAUCAAAGAGGGAUACCUUCCAGUCAAACAAGUCAGAAGAAGAAUGUCCAAGGACACAAAACUAAAGGUCAAGGAAGAAGUAGAAAGGUUGCUCAAGGCAGGAUUCAUCAGGCUAGCCAUCUAUGCUGAUUGGUUAGCUAAUAUUGUACCAGUUCUGAAAAGGAAAACCGGGGCGGUCAUAAUCUGUGUGGACUACAGAAAUCUAAAAAGCUUCUCUCAAGGAUGA